UUUGGAGCAAUAUAGAUUGGCAGCAAAAUGACACCAUGCCUUAAGGGCAUGGCCUUGGCUCGUCUAGCAAGACAUGAGAACAGCUUUCCGACCCAAGAUGCGCUGAGCCAAAUUGCAAUGUCAGUGCAGGUAAAUAGAAAGGAGGCGGAGGCCUUCAGAUGUUUGCUACCAAGGAAGGAGGCGGCAGCACGGCAAAAGCGCUCACCGCUAAGGUGGCCAAGCUGGGAUGGCAUGGUGCAUGGCAGUCUGUGCUUCUGGUGUUGGAGGAGGCCCACAAGAUAAGCCAGCUGGAUGUCGUGCUUUGCAACGCCGGAGUCCGAGCAUGUGCACGAAGUCAGGCAUGGCAGGUUGGCCUGUCCCUCCUCGAAAGCAUGUUGCAGGGCAGGGCCAUCCCAAUAGCAGACUGCAUCACAGUUAACAGCGCUUUGAGUGGUUGUGCGGCAGCUGCUGACUGGCAAAGGACCUUGCAGCUUUUGGAAGAGCUGACGACUGGGAGGUGGGGCAUUGAGCCCAACACCAUCACCUUCAACACAGCCCUCAAUGCCUGCGCGAGGAGUGAACAGUGGCAAGAGGCCUUGUGCCUGCUUUGGAUCCUAGAUGGUCAAGGUCCAGGAAGCGACCUUGUGAGCUUCAACACGGUAAUGGCUGCUUGUGAAGGCAGCGGUCGAUGGCAGACUUGUGUAGCACUACUGGAAGCUGCCCAACGCAGAGGUCUUCAAGGAGACUUGGUAUCUUACAACACAAUCCUGAGCAGCAGCGCACGCAGCGCAUGGCAAUGGGCCCUGCUGCUGGCAGAGGGUCUUCUUUCACAAGACCGGAGAGGCAGUCUCCCGAUGGCUGAUGUGGUCACCCUCGGCACUGCCUUUGUAGCUUGUGGGGAAGGGAUGCAGUGGCAGGCCGCCGUGUCUCUGCUGCAUAGAUCGCAGCGAAUGCGUUUGGCACCGCAUGGGGCACUGCUCUCGUUGCUGGAUUGUAUGAAGGUGGCAGGCCGUUGGCAAGAAGCACUUGAGAUCCAAGCCCAAUUCAAAGCAUGGGACGGGAUGACCUUCAGCCAUGUCCUGGCUGUACUUGGGACAUGCGGUCGUUGGGAGCUGGCUCUCACAUCAGUUCUACCUGAGAUGCAGAAGCGAGACAUUGCACUUGAUUCGCAUGCCUACUCAGCGCUUUUGGGUGCGUGUACUGCCUGGGCUUCAACAAGAGAGGCAGCGGCUGCGAGCUUUGGAUCUCAGCUGCUGAAGCAGGCGAACGCUACGCAGGUUAAUGAUAUCGUGGUGGAAAACAUGCUUCGGCUACUAGAGCAAGCUGAGUUGUGGGAAGAUGCCCUUGAGCUGCUGGCAAAGGAGCCCCAAAGGCCCAACCUGAUCCACUAUGCCACGGCAGCAAGUGCAUGCGCCAAGGUUCAUUGCUGGGAAAUGUGUUUGGAGCUACUAUGCCAUCUAAAUCAGGCAGCUGCAAGACCUGACCUGGUGUUGAGAAGUGCUGCCAUCAGUGCUUGUGAACGCAGCUAUCAAUGGCAGCAUGCUUUGGCCCUUCUGGAUGCCAUGGGCAACGACCUGAUUUUGCCCGACUCCGUUGCGUACAGUGCCACAAUGCUUGCGUGCAACAAGGCGGAGCGAUGGGAUUUGGCACUAGUCCUGCUCGAAAGUGCAUUGAGGCAAGCCGAUAAGCCUGACGAUGCUAUCUCAGUGCUGAGCGCAGGCUUGGGAGCUUAUGCAGCGGCACGUGAUUGGCAACGAGCGGUGCAGGUGCUGCUGGAGAUCCAGCUGUUGGCGCCGCGAGCACAGGCAAAGCAUUGGCUACAAGACGCGCAGACAACAGCAAUGUUUGCAGCGCUGCAGCCAAGUGGAUGGGAGCAGUGCAUGGUCUUGUUCCAAGGUCAUGCCAACCUCACUUCGCUUGGCUGCGCCAUUCGAGCAUGUGGUAUGGGCAGGCAAAUUGCCGAGAAAUGAGCAAGCGAGAAGAGUGCAGACAUGUCAGCAGAGGGGCGUGGCUGGGACAGAGCUCUACAGGUACUGGCUGGGAGCCUUGCGGCUCUUAGACGAAGGGAUUGAUGCAUUGAAGUGUGAAAGGAGAGCUUUGUGGAGCGCUGCUCACCUUGCCUGCCAGGCAUCGGAAGCUCCGCAGCCAUUAUCACCGGAGCUUUCUCAGAUGGCAUUACCCCUGUGAAGGAUGAGUGCCGGGUGCAAUUUUUAAUGUGUGUCCAAUUCAUCCCAAUUCUAGAGAUACUCCUGUUGGGCAGAACCGCUUGCCCGGAGCCUGGGGAUAUUCCGCGUGUCGGAAGCUUCAGCUCCUCUGAGAAAAGGGCAGAUUCCUGCCGAUGUGACAUUUGUCCGC